CCCCACCAAAAAAGAGUUGAGCCGCGUCUAGAGGCGACCCUCUGUUCCUGUCUUCUGUCACUCAACACUCUAUCAUCCAAUCAACAACAUGGCUGUCACCGAACAAGACACACAGGUUGUAACCCUGCGCAAGAUCCUCACAUCGGAAUCGGAGCCCCUCGCCCGACGAUUCCGUGCUCUCUUCUCUUUGAAGUACCUAGCAGGCCUGAACCCGCCCACCGAACAAACAGUCCCCGCGAUCGAAGCCAUUGGCGCAGCUUUUUCUUCGCCGUCUGCUCUUCUGAAGCAUGAGCUCGCCUACUGCCUGGGUCAGUCUGGUCACGAUGCUGCUAUUGCACCGCUGAGGGCUGUGUUGCAAGACAAGGAAGAAGACUCUAUGUGCAGGCAUGAGGCUGCGGAGGCACUCGGCGCAUUGAGCGACAAGGGGAGUUUGGAUCUACUGAAGCAGUUGAGAGAUGAUGUCCAAGAGGUCGACGUUGUGCGGGAAACUUGCGAUAUUGCUGUCGAUCGCAUCGAAUGGGAUCAUGGUCUACAGAAGGGACAAGAGAAGCUGAAGAAGAGUGAUUUCACGUCAAUCGACCCUGCACCGCCGCUACCACAGAGCACCGAGAAACUAUCGAUACCAGAACUUGAAAAGACACUACUCGAUACAUCUUUGCCCUUGUUCCAGCGGUACCGGGCUAUGUUCGCCCUACGCGAUCUUUCCUCGCCACCCGACCUCCCAACUGCUAUCCCGGCUGUACAAGCGCUCGCCCGCGGUUUUAGCGACCCGUCUGCUCUCUUCCGCCACGAAAUCGCAUUUGUAUUUGGGCAGCUGUCACAUCCCGCGUCAAUUCCCAGCUUGACAGAGGCAUUGAGUAACACAAACGAGGCUAGUAUGGUCCGCCAUGAGGCAGCGGAGGCUCUGGGUAGUUUGGGCGACGAGGACGGUGUCGAAGAAACUUUGCGCAAAUUCUUGAAUGAUCCAGAACAGGUUGUACGAGACAGUGUGAUUGUUGCGCUCGAUAUGGCAGAGUUCGAGAAGAAUGGGGAGAUGGAGUACGCAAUUGUGCCACAGGUUGCUGCGGCUUAGAAGUGGCUGCAUGUUGCAUGACCAUGGCGUUUGGGUUACAUAAAGUUCAACGAGGCCAUUGUACUUGUACAGCCCAAUUCAGUUGUUCGUGUUCCACUUGUGACCGCAAUCACACUCGUAAAAGACAGUCGUUCCCUCGUCUGCACUCCGCAGUUGUUGAGUGUAGUAUCGCACUUGCUCUCUUCCACAUUUUUCGCAUGGGUGGUUGAUUAUACUAGUGGUUUGUACGUCUUCCUCCGAAAUGGUCUGCACCUCGGAUCUCUUCGCGCGCAGGGAAGAAGGAAAAGCGGUAGGCCUA